GGGCGUGGCCAAGGAGGAGGGGAAAGCCAGCGCCGUGGUCUUCAUGAGGGCGGCUUAGGCGCGAAGGAAAGAAGAAGGAGGAGAAGAGCAGGCAGGUCGGCAGGCUGGAGGGAAGGAGCCCAAGCCGGCCUCAAAGCCCUGCGGCGGGCCUAUAGUCACCGGCGUACCGCAGGAGGAAGGGGGCGCCUGCCUUUCGGUGGCCAGGACUUCAGCUCGUUGGCUUGGCAGGAAUGUUCCACCCACGCCAAUGGAGGCCUUCCUCCAGCAUUUAUUCCCACUAUGCUAACGCCACCCGUUCUAUCAGCCACAAAGGGAAGCUGGGCUUGUGGCUGAGUGAGAACUCCUUGAAGGGCAGGUACCAGUGGCUGCUCACCUGGCUACAGAAGGACACCGCUCCGUGCCCAAAGAGGAAGAGCCUCCUCUCUCUGCUGGCCAACCAGUGCAGUUACGUGACCAGCCAGAGGGUUCAGCGCGCGCAGCAGAUCGGACAGCUCUACAACAACAUCUACUCGGAGAGGACGCGGAGAAGCCUCUUCAGUUCUUUGUGUCGUAAGUUCCAGGGGCGUCUCACCAAUGCUGGCAAACUGAUGGCAGCCCUGACCGGGGUGUUUCUGUGGGAAGAAGAGCGGAUCAAAGAGGAGGAGCUGAGAAGGUCUGCAGAAGAAAUGAAACGCAUGGAAGAAAUCUCCACGCUCCUGCUGGACAAAAGGAAGGAGAGCCCGUUGCAGGAGCCCGAGUCGGGCGAGGAGGAUCUUGCUGCGGAUCCCGAGGAGCAGAGCUGGGAGAUGGUGAUGGACAAGAAACACUUCAAGUUGUGGAGGCGUCCCAUUGGAGGCACCCAUCUCUACCAGUACCGAGUGUUUGGGACGUACACGGAUGUGACCCCUAGGCAGUUUUUCAAUGUGCAGCUGGAUACAGAAUAUCGCAAGAAAUGGGACUCGCUAGUCAUCAAGCUAGAAGUGAUUGAGAGAGACCAGGACACUGGAUCGGAGGUGGUUCACUGGGUCACCCACUUCCCGUACCCCAUGUACUCCCGAGACUACGUGUACGUUCGGCGGUACAACGUGGACCAGGAGAACAACCUGAUGGUGCUCGUCUCCCGAGCCGUUGAGCAUCCGGGAGUCCCAGAAAACCCUGACUUUGUCCGUGUCCGAACCUAUGAGUCCCAGAUGGUCAUCCGCCCUCAUAAGACAUUCGAUGAGAACGGCUUUGACUACCUGCUGACGUACAGCGACAACCCUCAGACGGUGUUCCCUCGAUACUGUGUCAGCUGGAUGGUCUCUAGUGGCAUGCCAGACUUCCUGGACAAGCUGCACAUGGCCGCACUGAGAGCCAAGAACAAGGAGAUCGCUGUGAAGGACUACAUCGCCUCGGCCAGGCCCACCGAGGGCGGGAGCGGCGGCUGCAGCAGCGACGGGAAGGGUGGUGUCCCCGCCCAGGAGCACAAGGGAGAAGGAGGGACCUGCAGCCCGAUCCAGAUAGACUAUGCUUAAGGUCAUGCCCUGCCUCCUCGGAGUGGGCCUCCUGAGACUCUGGCCUCCGGGCUUGCAAGCAGAAAAGCAAGAUCAAGGAGGGGUCCCCCUCCACCACCACCUCCAGUGGGACCUUAGUUCAGCCAAUCCCCUCCUCUCGCCACACCCUUUUUCUCCCUCCCCUUCACCCCCUGCCUGCCUGCCUGCCCCCUUCCAUCUCUGCCGCCUUGGAGGAAGAGGGGGCACGGUGAUGUCAGUCGUCGGGACUUGGGCGUAGCAAUUGGGAAAAGCACUUUUGUGUGGCCAGUGUUGUGAUCGUGGUCUUAUUCCCCAGCAGGGGAUGCAGUGGAGAUUCCCCGGGUUGGCAGGCAGGAGUCCUUCGUCCCUUGUGUCGCCCCCCUCGAUGCUGUCCAAAUGCCUUUUGCAAAAUUUGUUGUGGGUUCUUGGCUUGCCAGCCCCCACCAUGCCUGCGCCAGGGUGUUUUGAGUGUUGCCAGUCCAGAUGAGGGUGAUUUGUGGGCGCAGGACCUGUCUCUGCCCCCCCCCAAUGUUUGGGACUGGAUGUUUCCCUGGUGCCUGGAGUGUGCAGAAUGCCUUUGCCUUCCAGCCCCCCAGGAAAUGUCUGCGCUGCUCACGUGCCUUUCGUCUCUCUGGCACGACCGCCUUCCGCCUCUCCCACAGCGGCUGGAGGCAGACCUGUGCUGGGUCCUCCACGGGCUUCUCUGCACCCAUGCUCAGCCGUGGCCCUGCCUCUGGGGGGUGUGUGGGUCUUUGUGGAUCCCCCUUGCCUCUCUGGCGUGGCGGCGUUCCACCACUACUGCCUCAUCAUCUCCCGUUUGGGUUGGGUGCAUUUGUCAGAUCAGUGGCAUUGACACAUGUGCUGCCUUUGUGUUCCUUCUCCUGUGCUUUGGGGGUGCAUGUUUCUCAGGUGGGGGUGAUUUGGAGUGGAAACCGGGACUUGUCUUGAGCCAGUCCAGCUUCUCCCUUCCCUUUUGUGGGUUUGGAGAAGUCCUCUUCGGCGGCAGGCUUGCUUAUAACGGGCCCCUCGGGGAGCAGAGUGAGAGGGGGAGCUGGUACAGAGGCGUUCUGCGUGGCGCGUGGCAGACAGAGGAGCCUCUAACACAUUUUUUUUUUGUCCUUGGGAUGAAGGGUUUUGAAACCUCGUAUGAAACAGAUAAAUGUAAAUAUUUUACCAUUUAUGUCACAACCGAACCGCUUGGUUUUCAGAGAGGGGUGGAGUGGAAGCACAGCCGGUGCAUGCAUCCUUCCUAGAUAUUCGAAGGAUUUUAAACUCUUAGCCUCGGUUUGGUUUCCUUCCACAAUCAGGAACGUACGAAGGACGGUCCCUCACAUUUGCCCUUGCAGUGCCUGAGAACUGGCUGGGGUGGGGGGAAGAGGAAAAGACAUUCCGUCCGUCCUGCUAUAAAUGUUGCCUUUGAAUGCAUUCUAGAUGGAAGAACAAGCAUGUGCCUCGACUCUUUUCUUUCCAAGCAUAAGCACUCUUAUGCCGUAUGUGCUCUAAAUGGAGUCGGGCGGUGGUUAGAACCCCUGAAAGGUGCCUCUGGAUGGAGGCAGAUGCUUUUCCUGGGACUGUUUCCGGCAGGUGUAAAACAGAACAAGUGGUGUGUGAGCUCAAACACUGUCAAGAUGUUAAUCUCUUUGGGGAACCAGGUCUGUGCCAGUGAAAAGCCAGGUGCUUCUCUCACCUGAUAUGUGUUUUAAGUGUGUGAUUUGUUUUACUUUUUCUUAACCUGAAGCCAAACGUGUGAGCUGCUUGGAGGGAGCGGAGCAGCGCCAGCCAAGCGCUGAGACAGGGGAGCUGCUCUUCUCCGUCUGGUAGCCUCGGGGGGCAGCCUACUUUGUCACUAACGGGUGUGUGUGUGGGGGGGUGGGGGAUGGGGAUUGCGCACAAAGACCCCUUGGGUCUUUUUUUGCAGCCAACGAGGCCUGCCUGCCAGCCUAGCUGUCGGUGGACUUCGUUGCGCUUUGAUUUUAAAGCAAAUGUUUUUAUGAGAACUGAAGCACCAAUAAAAGGCGACGACUGGCCUGAGCCGCCUCCCACCUCGGUUUGCCCUUUC